AUGACAGAAUUAAAUGCCGUAAAAGACGGUGUUGAGGAGAAAAUGAGGCAAAACAUUAGUAACAAUCUUGAGGUUCCUGUCCAAGUCGGGGGUUGGUUGGGUGAUGUAGAAAAGAUCAAUGCAAAAGUCGAAAAUGUUUCUCGUGACACUGGCAGCUGUUUUAAUAUAAAGAUUAGAUACAGGGCAGGGAGGAAUGCCUUUGAGAUAAAUGAGGAGAUCGACAGUGUCAUGAGACGAUACAAAGAGAUCAACUGGGCAGAUCAUCCAAUUCCUCCAGGAAGGGUUGAUUCCAUGAAGCCAUCCACCUCAACACCAUCAGCCGAACACAAUGACUUCCAAUCAAGAGAGGUGACUUUUACAAAAGCACUCAAAGCACUCGACCCGAACCACAAAUCCCACAUGAUAGCCUUAUGUGGGAUGGGGGGAGUAGGGAAGACAACAAUGAUGCAAAGGCUGAAGAAAGUUGCCGAAGAAAAGAAAAUGUUUAAGUUUAUUGUUGAAGUGGUGAUAGGGGAAAAGACAGACCCUAUUUCCAUUCAGGAAGCUAUAGCAUAUUACCUUAGUGUAGAGCUCAGCGAAAAAAAUAAGUCGGUAAGAGCUAAUAAGCUUCGUCGAGGGUUCAAGGCCAAAUCAGAUGGAGGUAAGAAUAAGUUCCUCAUAGUAUUGGAUGAUGUGUGGCAGAGUAUUGACCUUGAAGAUAUUGGUUGA